CACAACACACAACACACAAACACAUACAUGCUCUCUCUGCUUCUUCAAAACACUAUCAUCAAUGGCAGCCAUAACAACCAGGGAUGAAUCGGACUAUGAUAGCAGCUGCUCAUCCAUAACCGUGCCGGACUCGAGCCGGAGCUGGAUGAGCAACCUGAGCUUCAGCAGCCGCCGCCGGAGCUCAGUCUCCGUCUGUUCCUCUGCCACUGAAGCAUCUCUGUUUUCCUCUGCUCACAAGCCCCACAAGGCUAACCAAGCUGCAUGGGAAGCCAUGAGGCGGCUCAGGAGCACCAAAGGCCGAGUUGGGCUCGACCAUUUUCGGCUCCUGCGCCGCCUCGGCAGCGGUGACAUAGGCAACGUGUACCUUUGCCAGAUAAGGAACCCUGUGGUGGGUUUGCCUCAGUGCUUUUAUGCCAUGAAAGUGGUGGACAGAGAAGCACUUGCUAUAAGGAAGAAACUGCAUAGAGCUGAAAUGGAGAAGGAGAUUUUGGACAUGCUUGAUCACCCUUUUCUGCCUACUCUCUAUGCUGAGUUUGAUGCUUCUCACUAUUCUUGCUUGGUUAUGGAGUUUUGCCCUGGCGGUGACUUGUAUGCCGCUCGACAACGCCUGCCCGGAAAAUGCUUUAGCAUCUCAUCUGCUAGGUUUUACGCGGCAGAGACGCUGUUAGCUCUAGAGUAUCUACACAUGAUGGGGAUUGUUUACAGAGACUUGAAGCCUGAAAAUGUGCUGGUUAGAGAGGAUGGUCACAUCAUGCUUUCAGAUUUUGAUCUGUCUCUCAAAUGCGACGUCGUUCCAAAGUUGCUAAGGCGCAAAAUGGACUUAGAAUCCAACCAAAAGAAUGUAAAGAGCUCCUCAAUGCCAUAUUGUGUUGCAGCCCCCAUGCAGCCUGUGCUCUCUUGUUUCUCUGCCUCAAACAAGAAAAAGAAAGGAACAGUCACAAUCAUAACAGAACAAGUUGGUGCUGAUAAUAAUCAUGAUCAUAAUGAUGAUGAUCAUCAUCAAGAACUUGACCCGGAAAUGGUAGCCGAACCGAUCGAAGCCCGGUCCAAGUCAUUUGUGGGGACACAUGAGUACUUAGCACCAGAGGUGAUCUCAGGGCAAGGACAUGGAAGUGCAGUGGAUUGGUGGACAUUUGGGGUGUUCUUGUAUGAAAUGUUAUAUGGGAGGACACCUUUCAAAGGUGAAAACAAUGAGAAAACCCUGAUUAACAUUCUUAAGCAGCCAUUAAGGUUUCCAAGAGUUGGGGUUAGCAGCAGCAAGGAGUUUGAAGAGAUGGUCAAAGUUCAAGAUCUUAUAAGCAAGCUUUUGGUGAAGAAUCCCAAGAAAAGAAUUGGCAGCUUAAAAGGGUCAGUUGAGAUCAAAAGGCAUGAUUUCUUUAAGGGUGUGAAUUGGGCUUUGAUUAGGUCUGUUAGGCCUCCUCAUGUCCCUGCUGCUAAUAGUGAUUUGCAUAAUAAGAUUAGAAAUAGGGCUUACUUGCCUAAGUUAAGCAAGAAGGAGAGAGAUGAACCAUUUCAGAUCCCUCAUCAUGUUGAUUAUUUCUAAUUGCUUAGAAUGUAAAUAGGUAAAGCAGAAAGCAAAGUAAUUUUCAUGCUUGACACCAUAGAAACUAAGAUUUUUCCUCUGUUUUUCCUACUAAUUAAUGAGAAUUAUGAUUGUUAUAAUGUA